GGAAUGCAACCCCAGAAAUAGCCCGGCCAGGCAGUUCACAGACUGAUGAUCACCCUGCAGGGUAGGUAACGAUUGAUAUUGUUUUGGUCCGCCGAGUAUUGCCAAGGACUCAAGUCAUCACCCCCGCACCGUUUACCUUCCAUCUCUGGUUACUCUACCAGUCCUCAUCCUUGAUUGUAGUCGCAGCGAAGGACGCGAUGGGCUGUCUAUGACUGCGUUGACUGGGAUAAGACGCGCCAGAAUUGGCAGGCACUGCAUCGACCCCUCUCUCGGCUUGCGACUCGACCUGGAAAUCAGUUGCUACAAAAUGCCCCCCGAGUCCAUUCUUGUCGUGCCCAAAGAAUUUCACAAUUGUUUCUUCGCAAGGAGCCUAGAGACAAUCUGAUACUUCCUCAUAGCCAGCUUGCACCAGCCGCCUAUCAUGAAGUCUGCAGUGAUCACGGCCAUCUCCCUACUCUCGCGGUUAGCUGCGGCUUCGGUGGUUGCUUCCGACGUCCCACGAGACGAAAAGAUUAGCUUUGAUGGCCACCAAGUCUUUCGCAUCACCGAUGCCCCUCGCGGUAUCGAGAAUGAGCUGGGCGAGUUCUUUGCCACCCGCUCCGGGCGCAGCGUCGACGUCGUCGUCCCACCCAGUGAGGUGUCUGCUUUUAUGAAGCGGGGGCUCAAGACUCAACUCCUCGACGCUGAUAUUGGCGACAAGUUCCGUCGAGAGGCCGAGCCCGGCUCCUAUGACCGAGCCCUGCACAAGCGUGGCGAUCUGCCGGACCUUAGCUGGUACGACUCGUACCACCCCUACGAGGACCACCUGCAAUACUGGGAGGAUCUCCAGGCGGCUUUCCCCAACAACUCGCGCAUCUCGGAGCUCCCUGGAAAGUCAUACGAGGGACGUUCACUGCAUGUCUUUGAGAUGUGGGGAGACAAGGGCAAGGCUGGCGACAAACCGGCGGUCCUCUGGCACGGAACCGUCCAUGCUCGCGAGUGGAUCACCACCAUGACGGUCGAGUACCUGACCUGGCAGCUGAUCAACGGGUACAAGAACGGAGACGUGAACGCCACCACUGCCCUGGACGAGUUUGAUUUCUACAUUGUGCCGUUCCACAACCCCGACGGAUUCGUCUACACCCAGACGACGAACCGUCUCUGGCGCAAGAAUCGCCAACCCAGGAGCAACACCACCUGCAUCGGAACAGACAACAACCGAAACUGGAACUACGAGUGGGACUUUCCCAUCGAGGACGGACAGGUCGCCAGCAACCCCUGCAGCGAAACCUUCAAGGGCCUCACCGGCGGCGACACCCCCGAGAACCAGGCGCUGGUGACGCUCUCCCGGGAGCUCGGGUCGCGCCCCAAGGGCAUCCGCCUGUACAUCGACUGGCACAGCUACUCGCAGCUCAUCCUCCUCCCGUGGGGCUUCUCGUGCGACCCCGCCCUGCUCCCGGCGAACCUGCCUCGCCAGCGAGAGGUCGGUGCCGGCUACGCCAGUGCGAUCGAUGCCGUCAGCGGGAAGUUUUACGAGGUCGGCCCCUCGUGCGAGAUUCUGUACUACUCCUCCGGCACGGGCAGAGAUUACCACCACGGUGCGCACAACGCCACCUUUAGCUGGAGCGUCGAGCUCAGGCCCGGACGCAGCUCCUCCAAUGGCUUCGUCCUGCCGCCUGAGGAGAUCAGGCCGACUUCCGAAGAGCACUGGGCUGGUAUUCAGUGGGUGCUGAACGACAUUCGCAAGGACGGCAAGGGUAGCUGCGCGCGGAGGGCCUGAGUGGGGUGGAUGGGCAGGCAGUUAGUUGUCGUACCUAGAAUAAUACGAGAAAAAGUGUACUAAUUCUAGACUAGAAUAUCUUGGUAUCAACCGUAUCAUCGAAGCCAGGGUCGUCGCUUCUUCCAGUCCUCCUCUCGCAAGUCGUGCAGCUUAUUGUAUGCGUCUAUGACCUCUGGAAACCCC